UGCCAAACAGCGCUCCGUGACAGACGCGCUCGUGUUGGAUAUCGCGUCGCUGACAACGUUCACGUCAGAUUAAAUAUUGUUAAUGUGACUCAUCUGGAAGUUGAACUAAAACCGAGAGCAACACCGAAGAGAAGCCAACUCUGUUCCCCCAGGAAGAGGAAGUUUCACCGGACAGAAAACCACCAUCAGGCCCCUGACUCAUCUUCCCGGAGUUGGAAUAUGUCCUCCCAGUUCACCCCCAAGUGUGGAGGUUUAAAGAACAGAUAAUGAAGAGCCGGUGCUGUCACCACAAACACAUGGAGACAUGAACGUGUCGAGGAACAGUCAAAAGCAAAUAUGGAUCAUUCCUCCCAUGUACCUGAGAGAACAAAACCCGAGACAUAAAUAGAGCGAAUGAGAGAGACUGGUUCAACAAAUCAGAAAAGAGAGAGAUGGAGGAAUCAAGCCUCCAUCUGCAGAGAGGGAGUCAGGAGACAUGCCUUCUGGCAGGAGCUGAAGAAGACAGCUGUGUUUGGUGUGGUAUUUUUAAACGCAUCAAUGCUGCUCCAAUCCCCGUGCCUCGCCUGACCUAUUUUUAGCCAGGGCUGGCCAUUGUUCUAUUUCUGUCACCUGUGGGCCACGCAGUUGUUGAUUCACAUGCAAAUGAAGCUCGCUCCCUCCCCAGCUUGCAUUACUUGCCUCAGUGAGGUGCUCAGUACGUGGUACACGGUUUUCCUAGCAACCCGGCUUUUGCAUUUUUCCUCAGUCUCUGCUCAGACACACUGCUGAGGAGAGGAACAAGCCACAGAGAGAGAGGCUGAUAAGGAGAGGAAAAAGAAGAAGCUGGGCUCUUCUCCUAACACUGUGUUUAGUGGCAGGGGCAGCCUGCUGAGAGGAGUGUGCAGUUUGUGUUAUUGCUCCACAGCAAGAGUGGUUCUCUCAGAGGAGGAGGCAGAGGAAGGGAGAGAGAGUUGCCUGUUGUCGUGGUCUCUCCCCUGAGUGGCUGAGGGGUGGCUCUUGGUGACAGGAAACACAAGGCUGGCGAUGAGACCUGAGCGCUGAGUGGAGUAUGCUGCAGACGAUUUACGAGGGCGAGUCAAGUUUCUCCACAACAGACGGGCGCGUUGGACACCAGCAGCUCCUCAACCAGAGCAAGAUGCACAACAUGAACAACUCAGUGGACAUUAAGACUGACGUGCCAUUGGCUGUGGAUCCCCUAUCUCCAUUGGACCUGCGCACAGACCUGAGAAUGCUGGGGCCAGGCUCGGACCCAGGACUGUGGGAGAGGCAGCUGCAGCAGGAGCUGCUCCUCAUUCAGAAGCAGCAGCAGAUCCAGAAGCAGUUACUAAUCAGCGAGUUUCAGAAGCAGCAUGAGAAGUUGACCCGUCAGCAUCAGGCUCAGCUUCAGGAGCACCUUAAGCUCCAGCAGGAGCUCCAGGCCAUGAAGCAGCAGCAGGAACUCGCAGAGAAGGAGCGUCGUCUGGAGCAGCAGCAGCAGCAGAACCAGCAGGAGAAGGAGCAGGAGAGGCAUCGACGAGAGCAGCAUGUUUCCAGCCUGAGCCUCAGGGGCAAGGAGCGCUCCAGAGAGAGUCUCACAGGUGCAGUGGCCAGUACGGAAGUGAAGCAGAAACUCCAAGAGUUUCUGUUGAGCAAAUCAGCCAAGGACCCUGCUACUAAUGGAGCCAGUCAUUCUUUCAUGCACCACCCAAAACUCUGGUACACGUCUUCUCAUCACACAUCACUGGACCAAAGCUCUUCUCCUCUGGGCGGCACAUCCCCCAACUGCCAGUACACUCUGCCAUCACCCAUAGAGAGCAAGGACGACUUCCCCUUGAGGAAGACAGCCUCUGAGCCCAACCUGAAGGUACGAUCCAGACUGAAGCAGAAAGUUGCAGAGAGGAGGAGCAGUCCGAUGCUUAAGAGAAGAGAAGGAAACAUCAUGACUCCAUAUAAGAAGAGGGCCUUAGAGCUAAUGGACUCUACACCCACUAACAGUGCCCCUGGCUCCGGCCCCAGCUCUCCCAUAGGGGCCUCCAGUGCCUUGGGGGCUGAAAAUGGACCCUCUUCUCUGCCUACUACCACAAAAACUGAGAGAUGGCCUUCACAGCCGAGAUUAUUCCGACCGGAGGGCUCUGUGUCCAUGCUGAGCUUAUACACAUCUCCCUCUUUACCCAACAUUUCCCUGGGGCUUUCGACUGCGUCCUCACCCAUUAGCGCUGCCAUGGGGUUGAAAGACAGAUCAACAGAAAUCAGACAUGGGCUGCCUGGGAAUCUCCUGGGCCCCGUGCCUCUUCAGACAGGCCUGGAGUCUAAGGUGAGCCCCAGUCACCAGGCUCUCCUCCAACACCUCCUCCAGAAGGAGCAGAUGAGGCAGCAGAAGAUCCUCUCCUCUGGCCCUGGCUCCAUGUCGUCCCACCCUCAGUCCCCUCUGGCCAUGAAGGAUCGCCCCUCCAGCAGUCGUCCUAAGCUACCAAAACACCGGCCCUUGAACCGAACCCAGUCGGCUCCACUGCCCCAAAACACACUGGCCCAACUUGUCAUCCAGCAGCAACACCAGCACUUCCUGGAGAAGCAGAAACAGUACCAGCAGCAGAUCCACAUAAAUAAGCUGUUGUCCAAGUCCAUAGAGCAGUUACGUCAGCCCAAUGCGCACCUGCAGGAGUCGGAGGAAGAGCUGGAGGAGCAGCAGCAGCAUGGGGAGCAGAUGGAGAGCAUGCAGGAGGACAGGCUGCCCCCUGGAGGAGUCAUCCGGAAGCACACGCUCAGCAGCAGCAGCAGCAGUGGCUCCAGUGGUGAGCUCCCAGACGCCCACUUUGGGGUCAUCAGGGUCAAGGAGGAGCCGGUUGACAGCGAGGACGAGGCGCUGAGCGGCCCGAGCUUAGAGUCAGUGCAGAGCACCUAUCUCCACCAGGUCAAAGGGAGACUGGUGAUAAGAGCCAUGAUCUGAGAAGGGAAGAGGAUGAGAUCACACACUCACAACAUUCGCAGACAAACAAGUCUCUACAAACGUGCAUCGACAUCUCAGACACACACACACACAUACACACAUACACACAUACACACAUACACACACACACAGCAGCCAUUGCACAGUAGGCCAGCUCUCCCUGUCACGACCCCGUCUCACUCAGCUGCAGACUCACUCGUCCCACGCUCUCAGACUCUCCAUUUGUGAUCUUCGUGUAGUGAUCUCUGUAAAAUAUGUACGUUUCACUUUUAUGUGUAUAUAAUAUGAAAGAGAAUUUAGACCGUUCUUUUUAAAGAGCUGCUUUGGUCAUCAAGUGACGACCAGUUUCAUGUACAUAUGCUGUGGAUUUUAGCAUCAAAGAUGAUUUCUAGAGGGAAGGUUGAACAGGUGUACAGCUUCGAAGAGCCAACUUAUGUUCCCGUCUUGUACAUUUUUGCCAUAAAAUAUUUGAACGCUCUUCUAUCCACUUCAGCGUCGAGAAUUAUCACAAAGUCCUGACGGCGUGUUUACGAGUUUGAAACACUACAUGACCCGAUGUUCCAUGUUAAGUGGUCUCAGUACUGAAAUAAUGGAACAUCUGCAUUAGAGAGAAUGUAUACUUUAAUCCUUUAAACAGAGGACGCUCCCUCAUGGCAGACUUGGGAGCGAUAUUGCCAUUGGAAAUAAGGUCCGCUGCUCAUAUUGCAAUUUGAAGGAUAAAGCACUAAAUCCUUGCCUGGGUGUGCAGGCAUCUCCCAACACAUCCCGAGUCUCCAUGUCUCUCUCUCUCUCUCUCUCUCUUUGAGUAGAGCCAGGGCCCCGUGCGCUAAGCCGAGCUCUCCUCCCUCUCUCCCUCUGGGUCCAAAUCAAAGCUUGAGCCGGGUUCCUGUCCGGCUUUCAGCAGAGGAGUCAGAGAGAAAGAGAGAAUGAGAGAGAGAGAGAGAGGGCCGGGCAGGAAAUGCCUUCUAGAAGCCAGGAGUUGGAGUGAUUCAUGUGUGCAGGAAUGUUGAGAGAGGAGGACCUAGGGUUGGAGGAGUCCAAGGGGCCAGGCUCGAGAAUUGAUUUACUGUCAAGACGAAUUACAAAGUGAGUGGGGAUAUGGUGAAGGGAGUCCUUUUUAAAGGGAAUCGCUUCCUUCGUAUUCCCUCGUGGCAUGGUUACCUCAAUAUGCAGGUUUGAUGUUACUUCAACAAAAAACAAAAAAACAACAAAAAAACCACCCUGGAUGGGACCUUGCUUCUUCUUCUUUUUUUUUUCUUUUUUUUUUUUAAAAGCCUGUUUUCCCCCCUGAAAGUGCCCAUUGCUACAUGUAUACUCUGUCUUAAAGUGAUCAAUCAAAUGUAUUGCAUAGCUGUAAACCUUCCAGUUUCAUUUGUACCGUCAACUAAAUGUUAAAACAAAAGAAAACAAACAAAAAAAAUGCUAGUAUGAGGUUCUGUGUGUGGAUCCAUGUGAAAAUCAAAACUGUUUGUCUUAUACUGUACAUUGGAGAUUGUCCGGCCGUAAUGUUUUUAGUGUAAGUAAACACAAUCAGAACAAUGUGAGUCUUGUUCUCUCGCUCCCUUUGAUUCGGUCGUAACGAGAACCCCCUUCGCUGUCAGUGGGUGUGUGUGUGUGGGGGGGGGGGGAUCCUGUCCAUGUGGUCUGUUCAUAGCGGUUUGCAGUUUUUCUUCUCUUGUUAUUUUUUUGCCUUGUGUGAUUAAAAAUCUUUUUUUUUAAAUAAAGUUAAU